GCCCACACCGUCGCAGGAAGGCUGCGCUCCCGGCCGCCCAGGAUGAGGCUGCUCUUCCCUGCCGUCGUGCUGGCCCUGCUCGCCGUCACCCGUGCUGCUGAAGACUCCUGCGAGGGCCGCUGCGAGGAUGGCUUCGACGCACGGCGCAAGUGCCAGUGUGACACCCUCUGCAUGUACUACCAGAGCUGCUGCAGCGACUACUCCACCGUCUGCAAAGCCAAAGUGACCCGGGGAGAUGUGUUUGCCUUGCCGGAGGACGACUACCUUGACUACAACCUCACCGUGGACCUCGGCACGGUGGCGAGCACCCAGGCAGCCCCCACAGAACCACCCACAUCCCUGGUGCCGGAAGAGUUCACGCUGCAGAGCCAUCCGGGCCCCGAGGAGACACUGACGGAGGUGCCCAUGGAGGAGGUGCCCAGCACCACGCUGGAUGGAUUCGGGGAGUGGGACCCUGUGGAAGAGCCUGAGGAGCUGUGCAGCAAGAAACCUUUCAAUGCCUUCACCGAUCUGAAGAACGGUUCUAUUUAUGCUUUCCGAGGGAAGUACUUCUAUGAGCUGGACAAGACAAGCGUGCGGCCUGGAUACCCCAAGCUUAUCAGCGACGUCUGGGGUAUCGAGGGCCCCAUCGAUGCAGCUUUCACACGCAUCAACUGCCAGGGCAAGACUUACCUUUUCAAGGGCAGCCAGUACUGGCGCUUUGAUGAUGGAGCCCUCGACCCCGGGUACCCACGCAACAUCUCCGAAGGCUUUGAAGGCAUCCCGAACAACAUCGACGCGGCCUUCGCCCUCCCCGCGCACAGCUACCACGGCAAUGAGAGAGUCUAUUUCUUCAAGGACAAGAACUACUGGUCCUACGACUUCGCCCACCAGCCCACGCAGGCUGAGUGUGAGAAGUCCUCGCCCUCCGUUGUGUUCAGCCACUAUGCCUUCAUGAACCGCGACAGCUGGGAGGACAUCUUCCAGAUCCUCUUCGGUGGCAGGAUGAGCGGGGCGCCCAGCAGCAGAGACUGGCGGGGGGUGCCCAGCCGGCUGGAUGCGGCCAUGGCCGGCAGGAUCUACGUGGCCUCCCACCAGCCCCGGAGGAGGAAGUCUCGCCGCCAGCGCAAGAGGUACAAGAGCCACCGGUCACUGAAUUUGGGUUUCUGGACGUGGCUGCAAAACGAUUCUGACUCCGCGGAUGUCGAAAGCGACUGGCUGUCAGGCUCCCAGUGCGAGACCCUCCAGAGUGUCUACUUCUUUGUAGGAGACAAGUACUACCGUGUCAACCUCCGCACCAAGCGCGUGGACCUGGUGCAGCCCCGUUACCCCCGCUCCAUCGCCCGG